UCGCCUAUCUCAACGGACCUGGCAAACAACGCAACGGCCUUUCUCAAUGGGCGGAUUCCAACGCAAGAGUGAACUACAUUUAAGGAGUGCGUUGAGGCCCGUGGUCUCUCUGUUACAAUUCCAACACAACACAAAAAUAUAGGGUCUCUAUUCUGAGCUGAGAGAGUGCGUGGGAGAGAGUGAGGUCUGUGUGACUAUUCGAGUAAAAACAGAUAAGAAAGAAGAAAAGAGAUGGGAAGAUCCACAUCCACUUCUUCUUGUUUGAAAAUUAUCGCCUGUGGUAGCGACUCAGCUGAUAAAGAUGAUCUUGAUUUCUCUGAGAGCAAAGGUGCAAAUGACAAACGCGGGUGGAGUUUUCGAAAGAGAUCUGCUCGGCAUCGAGUGCUAAGCAACACUGUGAUUACAGAAACCCCUUUAUCUGCCAAAAAGGAGAGCCCAGAAUCUGCUGAUGUCAACUUCCUACCACCCAAUAACUCCAAUGUUCCAGAGAAAGUGUCCAUGAUACAAUGCAUUGAAGAGAAACCUCAGCUGUCAACUCCAGUGGAAUUGAAAAAAUCUGAGACCACUGCUGUCACUGAUACUGAGAGCAAGCAUAAUUCAAUCCCUGAUGAGUCUAUUGUUACUGUCAUCCAGGCUGCUGUCCGAGGGUUCUUGGCUAAAAGAGAACUCCUAAAGCUUAAGAAUGUAGUUAAGUUGCAAGCUGCUGUACGUGGGCACUUAGUUCGGAGACAUGCCGUGGGAACCCUACGUUGUGUUCAAGCCAUUGUUAAGAUACAAGGUCUUGUUCGUGCUCGUCAUGCCCAUCUUUCUCUGGAUAUUUCAAGUACUGAGAAGAAGGAGAAGGAAAAUUUGGUAUCUAAACCAAAUGAAACCUACAUUUCUAUUGAGAAACUACUUAGCAAUAGUUUUGCUCGACAGCUAAUGAAAUCAACACCGAAGACCAAGCCCAUCAAUAUUAAAUGUGAUCCUGCUAAAUCAGAUUCUGCUUGGAAUUGGUUGGAGAGAUGGAUGUCUGCUUCAGCUAUGAAACAGUCACCAACAACAGAGUCACCUGAAAAAAAGAAGACUGAGAAUUUUGCCUCUCCUGUAGAAACUAUUCAUUCUGAAGUUUCAUGUGAUUCAGUGCAUGUGGACUCAAAAACAGUUGUUAAGGAAUCUGUUAUGCUAUCUCAAAGUGAAGAAAAUCUGAUGACUCCUGAUGCAGACAAGUUUGUUUUUCAGCCAUGCCAGCCAACUUCUAUGUUGAGAGGUGAUUUGGAGCUGUGUCAGCCUGAGAACACCAACACAUCUGAUGUGAAUGAGAUCCCAACAGAGAUGAGUUAUCAUCAUAAUCAAGUAAAGCAAUCAGAUGAAGCUUCUGAAAAGGAACUGAACUCUCUUUCUAGUGACCCUGAAAUUGAAAGUAAACAACACAAACAUUCAAUGAAAAGGGUUGCCUCUGACAAUCUUGAGACAGAGGAGAAGAAGUUUGUAUUUGGAUCAAGAAAGUCAAGUAAUCUGUCAUUCAUUGCUGCUCAAUCAAAAUUUGAGGAGCUCAGUUCAUCAGCCAAUUUAGAAAAAUCAAUCAGUUCAGUGCACCAAGAUGUAUCAGUUGACUCAAAUGCAGACACAGUUUUCUCUGGGGCAGAUACUUUGAACAGGACAAAGGAUCUUGACACAACAGAAAAUUCACUGUCUAGGUUUUAUGGUGACUCUGACUGUGGCACUGAACUUUCUGUUACUUCGACUCUUGAUUCUCCUGAUAUUUCUGAAGUUGGAACCAGAGAAUAUGGGAAUGAAGCUAAAGUGACGGAGAAGGAAAUUUGUGAUCCAACCAACUCAGGUAACCUUGAUAUCAAAGAUGCAACUACAAUCCCAGUGUCUGAUAAGUCCCAUUCAGUUGUGGAUCAACCUGAGAAGGUUGAUGAGAUCGAAGUUGAAUCUGUUACUUCAGCUGCAGUUGUAGACUCUCCACCUUUAGAGCACAAGCCAGAAGGUAUUUCAUCUGAUGUCCACAAAGUACCGAACAAUGAGACAGGGCAUCAAACAUGCAGGUCAUCCCCGGAAGCCUCUCCCAGAAGCCAUAUGACUGUUCCAGAGUCCCAUGGAACACCUUCAAGCCAGGUAUCUGUGAAAACUAAAAACAGCAGAACAGAAAGGAGUGGAUCCAACCGAAAGCAUAAGUCCCUGUCAGCAAGCAAGGGAUCUCCAUCAAAUCCAAAUCAUGAUUCUGGUGCAAGAAGUAGUAUGGAACGGUUGCCAAAAGAUCAGAAAAUUGGGAAGAGACGCAAUUCCUUUGGUUCUACAAAAAGUGAUAACAUUGACCAACAACCAGGAGAUGGUAGCAGUAGCAGUUCUAUCCCCCAUUUCAUGCAAGCCACAGAAUCUGCAAGAGCCAAGCUUCAAGCAAAUAACUCACCUAGAUCAAGUCCAGAUGUCCCUGACAGAGACAUCUACAUCAAGAAGCGGCAUUCCUUGCCUGUUGCAAAUGGAAGACACGGUUCUCCCCGUAUCCAGCGGUCAUCUUCUCAAGCUCAGCAGGGUGCAAAGGGAAAUGGUACCCAUCCUAUUCAUGAGAGAAAAUGGCAAAGGUGAUGAGAAGCAUGAUGGCAGUUGUGUUAGUAACCUGUUCGGACAAGAGAUUUGGAUUAGAUUGGAUUGGAUUGUUGGUCUACGUGACUGAUCACUAUAUAGAUCUACACCUCUAGUUCCUUUGCAUUCGACUAUGUGGUAGCUGAACUAUGCAUUGUGGUGGUAUUAUGGCAGGAAAGGAUACUGUAAAGGUAUAAAAAAGGAGUGAUCAGGAUCCGUGUAUAUUGUUAGUACCCAAUCAUUUCUAAAUAUUUUUUUUCGAACUUCGCCCAGAGGAAUGCUUGUGUGUUUAUUCAAUCUGUGUGAUUAUAAAGGCUUGUUACAGAUGUUUUGGGAUGUGUAUCUGAAAGUUUGAUACAUUGACUAUCAAGUGGAAGGCUUCUGCUGUAGUUGUUUUCCCACUUGCAUUGUAAUAAAUUGAUUAGUUUUCAUUC